ACCCCUUCAACAUUUACAGGGCUUUAAACUUGCAGACAUGCAGACUACAGUAAUAGCAGAAAAGCAGUGUUUUGACUGGCGUAUCAAAUAAGGGGAGAAGGAAAUUCUCAGUUAUUUUUUUCCAGAGGAAAAGAGAUUGUGAGUACUCUGGAACAUGGAACCAGAUUACUAUCCUCCUGCACGUAUAGGAAAGAAAAAAGAUAUGUAUAUGUUUCUAGCUCUUCAUAUGGAGAAAUCUCCAGCAUGUAAUAAUGCACCUGAAAAGUUCAAUAAAACUGGUAUUGUAGUAUGUGAGGCAGACAAAAUACACAGAGUGAUGGCAAUGGGCUGCUCCACACAAAACCUACAUGCUGUGCAACAAAUCAUCCUGAAUGUUCCCCAUUCGUUAAAUAACUGCACUGUGUAUUUGUCCAGGAAACCUUGUUCUACGUGUGCUACUUUUCUCAUUCAAGGAUCAGUUGCUUCAGUCUAUUACUGGCCAUUUUCUCCUGAAAUAAAGGGCGAAAAAAAAGAAAUCGAGGAAGAUCUCAAGCAAGUAGACCAAAUGUUUCUAAGAAGUCAUAUAAGUAGCAGUGUUUUUUUGCCGGAUGUAGAUUCUGACAUGGUGAAGUCUAAGAUUUCACGACGCAUCAGAAGACAGCAGUGUCCAAAAUGCAAGCUUACCUAUGCUGACACUGUGCCAGAAGACAUGGAAGAUAUUUGUUCAUUGUUGAAUAUGAAGGGCCAUGCAAAUGCAUGUAAAGUGCAGAUGAACCAUGCAUUGCGUUCUCUUGAUUACUUGCUGCACUGCUGUCAUGGGAAGUUUGAAAUAAAAGAUACUGAUGUGGAAGAAAGGCACACUCACGCAUUACAGCUUUGUUAUCUUCUAGCUGCCAGAUCUGAUGAUCCAAAUCAAGGUGUUGGAUGCAUAUUAUACAGUCAGAAUGGAUACUUUUUUGGUGUAGGUUAUAAUGGAUACCCUAUUGGUGCAAAAUUCGGAAACCUGCCUCGUCGGGGGAGAAUCAACAAAAAUAAGCAAGGAACUGCAAAAAAGCCAUUCCUUGUCCAUGCUGAAGUAAAUGCUCUCCUAUUCAGAACUAAAAAAAAAAUAGAAGAGAAUGAUGUUCUUUACUGCAGCAAACCUCCAUGCCUUGAAUGUCAAAACUACAUCGAGUGUGUCGGCAUAAAGAAUAUUGUUUCUGUACAUGAAUCAUCAAAGCCAACAUCAAACCAAGAAAGCAUCCUAGAGUCUUUAAAGAAGAAAUUCACAUAUAAUCAGUGGGAACCCCUACAUAUGGAAAGUGAAGCUUCUGUAUCCAGUAAACCACAGGAGGAUUCAGAGGAAAAACAUGGAGAAGAUUUCAAAAGACAGAGUGAUAAAGGCAAAAGAAAAUAUAUUUAG